CACACUGACACUGCCUGUCUGACCCUCACUGAGCCUCAGCUCAAACCCACUGGCUCCAUGGAGGUGGCAUUGCUGCUCGUGUGCCUGUUGGCUGCCUCUGCCCAUUGCACCGUCUACUUCACCGAGCAGUUCGGGGAUGGAGAUGCAUGGGAGAGCCGAUGGGUGGAAUCCAAACACAAGUCAGACUACGGCCAAUUCAAGCUGACUGCCGGAAAAUUUUAUGGGGAUCCAGAGAAGGACAAAGGUCUCCAGACCAGCCAGGAUGCCAAGUUCUAUGCCUCCUCGGCGAGAUUUGAGCCGUUUAACAAUGAGGGGAAGACGCUGGUGAUCCAGUUCACGGUGAAACACGAACAGAAGAUAGACUGUGGCGGAGGCUACAUCAAACUCUUCCCCUCAAACUUGGACCAGAAAGCGAUGCACGGAGACUCCUCUUAUUACAUCAUGUUUGGGCCCGAUAUAUGUGGAUACUCCACAAAGAAAGUACAUGUCAUUUUCAACUACAAAGAGAAAAACCAUCUCAUCAAGAAGGAUAUCACAUGCAAGGAUGACGAGUUGACCCACCUGUACACGCUGAUCCUGAGACCCGAUCAGACAUACGAAGUCAAGAUCGACAACGCGAAGGUGGAGUCGGGCAAGUUGGAGGAGGACUGGGAUUUCCUGCAGCUCAAGAAGAUCAAGGACCCUGAAGCGAAAAAACCUGAAGACUGGGAUGAACGAUCUAAGAUCAAUGACCCUGAGGACGUGAAACCCGAGGAUUGGGAGAAACCUGAAAACAUUCCAGACCCAGAAGCCAAGAAACCAGAGGACUGGGAUGAAGAAAUGGACGGAGAGUGGGAGCCUCCGAUGAUCCCAAAUCCAGAAUACAAGGGUGAAUGGCAACCAAAGCAGAUCGACAACCCCAACUACAAGGGGGUGUGGGUCCAUCCUGAAAUCGAUAAUCCUGCUUACGUUGCUGACAUGAACAUCUACUCUUUCAAGAGCAUCGGAGUUCUAGGCCUGGAUCUGUGGCAGGUGAAAUCGGGAACCAUUUUUGACAAUUUUCUCAUCACGGAUGACGAGAAAUAUGCUGAAACGUUUGGCUCGGAGACCUGGGGACAAACCAAGGAGCCUGAGCAGAAGAUGAAAGAGAUUCAGGAUAAAGAAGAAAGCGAAAAGCGCAAGGAGGAAGAACAGAAAAGUAAGGAGGAAGAGGAUGGUGAUGAAGAUGAGGACGCGGAGGAGGAAGAGGAGGAGGAGGAUGAAGAGGAAGAAAAGAAGGAAGAAGAGGAAGAUGCCCCAGAAGAUACAGUUCCAGAAAAAGAUGAAUUGUGAUAACCCUGUUUCUCUUUUAUGUUCCCAACCGCAUCCAAUCAUGGAGAGAAAUACACUGUAAUUUAGCCUUUUCACCAGCAUUAAGCCUCAGAGUCUUCACUUAAAGUGUCUUCAGGGUGAUACCAGUCAGACCCCGAUUGUGGCAAACCUCUGUUUACCUAGAAGUAAGUAGGAACCCGGUUGUUAGUUGAUCACUGGCCAUCCUUACUGCAGUUCCUCUCUCCUCACCGAACGUCAUUCUGUAGAUGAGUCGACUGUUACUGGGGACUAAGAGGCGCAGAAACCUUGCCCCAAAUUGUCUUGUCUCGUUCGGCGCCUCCAGGCAGUUUAGGGAGCUAUUAUACGCUUUUCCCUGACACCAAACAUGAGGUGACAGUCUGCUGAAAACUCUGACACAGUCUUAUUUGUUCUGCGGUGUAGUGGUGCACUGUUUAUUCCUACACCUCUUAAGACUGAAUUUAAUGGUUGAUUUGGGUGAGGAAGUGUAAUCACUUUUGAAGGUGACUGAUCACAAGAGUUUGUUACAGUGGGGUUUAACUUUUUGUACUAAACUGUCCUCUGACUGACACGCAUGGAGAAGGCAACGAAUAUUUAAAUAAAACAUUCAGUAAUUGGCAGAGUAAAACUCCGUGCUCGCUGUAGUUCUAUAACGAGCCUUUCAUUUCAUACACAUGGGUGCUGGUGAAGAGGUUAACCAAUGUAGGACUACCUUCACAUCAAUACCUGAUAGAGCAUUUCAUCUCAUACUUAUCAGGACUUGGUGUAUAAUAAUCGGAAUAUGCAGUAACACAUCACUGUACUCAACUGAGGUUUUAAAUUAUUUUUGGUACUUUUUUUUAAAGAACACACCUUUGAAUAAUUAUGUAUUAACUGAAUGUAUUUCCAGCGACAGAAGGUUUGUUUAAAUAAAAAUGUAUACCUGUU